GCUGAAUAUAAUCGCAUGGGACUUCCAAACAGCUUAUGGCAAGUUUCUCAUGUUAACAGAGAUUAUGGGGUUUGUGAUACAUAUCCUGCUGAAUUGUAUGUGCCAAAAUCGGCCUCUGCACCAGUCAUAGUUGGUAGCUCUAAAUUCAGGAGUAGAGGGCGCUUCCCUGUUCUCUGUUACUUCUGCCAGGAUAACAAUGCUGCUAUUUGUAGAAGCAGCCAGCCUUUAUCAGGUUUUAGCGCUCGGUGCCUUGAGGAUGAACAGCUGCUCCAGGCCAUCAGAAAGUCAAACCCAGGGAGUGAUUUCUUGUAUGUUGUUGAUACCCGGCCAAAGUUAAAUGCAAUGGCAAACCGAGCAGCAGGAAAAGGGUAUGAAAAUGAAGACAACUACUCCAACAUCAAGUUCCAUUUCAUAGGAAUAGAAAACAUUCAUGUGAUGAGAAGCAGUCUACAAAAACUACUGGAUGUCUGUGAACUUCGAUCUCCUUCAAUGAAUGAUUUCCUAUGGGGUUUAGAGAAUUCUGGUUGGUUGAAGCACAUUAAAGCCAUCAUGGAUGCGGGUAUAUUUAUUGCAAAAGCUGUUGCAGAGGAGGCCGCCAGUGUAUUGGUCCACUGUUCGGAUGGUUGGGACAGAACUGCCCAAGUCUGCUCUGUAGCAAGCGUACUGCUUGAUCCAUUUUACCGAACCUUAAAGGGAUUCAUGAUUUUGAUUGAAAAAGACUGGGUUUCUUUUGGACACAAGUUUAACCACAGAUGCAGCCACUUGGAUGGUGAUCCCAGGGAGGUUUCACCAGUAAUUGAUCAGUUUUUUGACUGUGUGUGGCAGCUGAUGGAACAAUUUCCGUGUGCCUUUGAGUUCAAUGAGAGAUUUCUGGUGCACAUUCAUCAUCACGUCUAUUCCUGCCAAUUUGGCAACUUUGUUUGCAACAACAGUAAAGAGAGCAAAGAGCAGAGGAUUCAGGAGAAAACUCAUUCACUCUGGGCUCACCUGUGGAAGAGUUGUGCGGAUUACAAAAAUCCCCUGUAUAGACAAAAUCACAGUCAAACUCAAGGAGUCCUGAGGCCACAUACAGCUCCGUCUAACUUCAGUUAUGGAUUUUGGAGGAGUAUGUACAACCGGUUUGAAAAGGGGAUGCAUCCUCGACAGUCCGUUACAGAGUUUUUGAUGGCCGUGAAAGAGGAAACCCAACAGCUGGAGGAGGAACUUGUAAUGUUGGAGGAGAAAUUACAACUUCAAGAUAAAUUCCAUCUGAAGAACAGAAGUGAGGAAACUAAGCAAUCACAGAAGAUGGAAAUUUCGGUCUCUGAUCAACAUAUAGCCAACACCCCUCAGGAUUAUAUUGACAAUGGCAGACCAUUCACUUCUUGUAGCCCUUCACAAGGACAUGAAGAUUCAGAAUCUAUGAUCCUAACACAUAGCAUGAAGCAUUCAGACACUGAUCUUUCUGCUAACAGUGACCAGGAGUCGGGUGUCGCUGACUUGAACUGCAGAUCACCAAGUGGGGGAGACUUCCUCUCUAGUGAAGAGAGCAGCAAAAACCUGUCAGAGUACCCUGAGGAUGUUGCCUUUGCUGUUGCCUGAGAUCCUAGUACAAUUUGAUUAAAAAAAAAGACAGUUUGCAAAGAGAAGGUGUAAUAUAUCAUGUGCCACUACAUAGUAUAAGGCACUUGUAGAUUUUUAGGGGUCAUUUAUAGCUUCUAAUCCUAUCUUGUCUCAAAGCAAAUCGUGAACCAGUUAUUUUUGGUUGGAAUGAACAGAGAGCCCAGGCUGAUUUUAUUUUUCUCUCUCCAAAUUUAUUUAUUCUUCCAGCUUCUAUUUUAUAAAGAGGGGAAAUUGUUACAUUUACUUCAUGGCCAAGGUCUACGCAAGCCAUAAAGGUAUGAUCAUUUAAAAAAAAACUUCUGCCAAGACUAAGAUUCUCAGUGGAGACACAAGUCUGCAGAUGCUGGAAUAUGGAGCACAAAAUAACAUGCUGGAGGAACUCAGUGGGUGAAGUGGCAUCUGUGGCUGGGGUGAGGGGAAGGAAUGUAUUGUGAUGCAGGGUUUCAACCCGAAAUGUCAAUAAUCCCUCCCCAUCCCCUAUACUGCUCUGUUCACAGAGUUAAUCCAGUAAUAUGUUAUGAUUCUAUGUAUUUCUUUUGCCAAGUUGUUCUGGUGAGGUCAAUAACAGAAGCCAAAGCAUUUUCUUUGAGAUCAGUUAAGCAGC